AUGGGGUGGAUUGUUCAUGGUUUUGGCCUGGCCUUACCACAGCCUGUUAUAAGGAGUAAAGAGGAUUAUGGGGAGGUGGCAGAAACGGUUACACAACACGCUGUCCACACCAGGUUAACUUCCACAGACUUGGUCCUCGAGGAGGUCGACUCAGGUGAUGACCAGGACAAGGACCAGGAGAAGAGAUCUGAGCAGUCGUCUUUCACAAAACAAGCAGAGUUAGAGGAGCGAUUGGAUCAGGAAGCCAUGAGUCCAUCAGCACCAACAUCCUUCCUGACGCAAGAAGAUGCUGAGACACAAACUGGACGAUGGACCCCCUUCAUUGAGAGCAUAAAGAAAGAGGCAGAGGACAAAGCCAUGGCAACUAUUGAGGAACGGUUGCGUCAGGAGCGUUUGGAGAUGGCGAGGAUGGCUGAGGAAGUGGCGAGACACGCAGCGGAGGUGACCGUCAGAGAGCUGGCUGGAACCCGAGUAACCGUACACACACCCAUCCUGGAGGUGGAGGAAGAUGCUGAGCUAGAGUUACAGGAGCUGCAGGACGAGAAAGAAGUCAACAGUCAAAGCGCAGAGUAA